CGACAGAAAGCAGCUGUCAGCGGUUCCAAAGCUACGCUAGUCGGGGAAAAGAACCCGUCGGCCAACCGAGCAAGCUCUUGCGUGGCUAUCAAAACGGGGAUCUUCACUGCACCAGCGAUCUCGAGAAUGCGACCGUCGAGUCUGUCGCUUCCAUUUAGGGCACACACGACCUAUAGCAGGUGGCAUCGAAGUUAUCCGAAGACGAGGGGUAAUGCGAUACGUACAUCACCGAGGAUCUCCUCCAUCGUCCUCCCUGCUCGUUUGCUGUCGUCGUCGUAAAUCUUCC